AUGGCUAACAUCGUUGAAGUUGCUACGGCUUUCACCAACUUUUACUACCAAACUUUUGAUAGUUCUAGACAAGAAUUAGCUCCUCUCUACAGAGAUGCUUCUAUGCUUACUUUUGAAGGUCAACAAUUCAAAGGUGUUCAAGGCAUUGUUGAAAAGUUAGUUUCUCUUCCUUUCGGUCGCGUCCAGCACAAAGUUAUCACUAUUGAUGCUCAACCCGGUAACGAUACCACCGGCUCUAUCAUUGUUUCUGUUACUGGUGCUCUCUUGGUUGACGAUGAACAAAACCCCCAAUUGUUCACUCAAACUUUCCAGUUGAUUCCUGAAGGCUCUUCUUACUAUGUUUUCAACGAUAUCUUCCGCUUGGUCUACGGUUUAUAA